GUGGGCGGAGCUCAGACACAGACGCACACUGGAUGCACAGUUCUGCUGUUGUGUUCAUGAGAUAUUUUGAAAUCGUUUAUAAACUCAUUUUUAUCAGAAAGUAUACGUAAAUUGCACUGCACUCGCAAGCUCAACUUUCUUAUCCUAUUACCCAAGUUACUAUUAAAUAAUCAAACGUAUUGGGUCGUCUCUAUGUUUGGCGUACAGAAUAAGAUAACGUGUAAUUGCAAAAAAGUACAAUAAUUAGCAAUUCGUUUUUAGUCCAAACUAGAUUUUAAACCACUUUUGUGAAACUGACGUAGGAAAGAGCAUUUUACAUAAGGGGUGGACCCCGUGUUCUGUUCUGAACUUUGACACACUUCUCAACCAAGGAUGUCCGGCUCCAGAAAAGUAGUCGAGUUCUUCUAUGAUGUUGUUUCUCCGUAUUCAUGGCUGGCAUUUGAGGUGCUGUGUCGCUACAGAAAUGUGUGGAACAUCGACCUUAAACUGAAACCAGCAUUUUUAGGGGGAGUCAUGCAGGAGUCAGGUAACCGGCCUCCUGGAAUGGUCCCCAACAAGUUUUUCUACAUGACCAGUGAUCUGAAGCAUGUGUCCGAGUACUUUGGGGUUCCUUUGCAUCCACCUUCCAACGUUUUUGAGACAAUGUUUGAGAAAGGUUCAUUGAAAGCAAUGCGCUUUGUGACAGCGGUAGCAGAGAAGGAGAAAGAGGGAGAUGUGAAGUUGGAGAGGGUUUCUAGAGAGCUCUGGAAUCGAAUCUGGAGCAACGAUCAAGAUAUUACUCUGCCUGCCUCAUUUGUUGAGGCAGGAUUAAAGGCAGGUCUCACAGCCAGUGAGGUGGAUGAAUUACUGACCCUCGCCACAUCUCAGCCAAUAAAAAACAAGCUGAAGAGUGUCACAAGUGAAGCCAUUAAGUAUAAAUGCUUUGGUUUUCCCACAAUUGUGUGUCAUGUGGAUGGGAAGCCUGAGAUGUUCUUUGGUUCUGACAGAUUUGAGGUCAUGGCUCACAUCAUUGGAGAGAAGUGGAUGGGGCCUAAUCCUGUCAAACCAAUGGCCAAAAUGUGAUCACCUUUCAUUCAUUCUCUGUAUAUUUCAAAUAUUUCUAAAUAAAAAGUGAAAAUCGUGUUAAUUCA